AUGUCUUCGUCAAGUGUUAGAUCCGACGAACAACGCGUGGAGGAGCAUCCAAAAUUAGACGAAUUGAAGAGGUUAAGAAAAAACUACUUCUUGAAGGAGAAAUGCCACCGACACCUACUUAUCAAUAAUUUAAAAACAUUAAUAAAAGAUUGGACGGAACGACUUCCAAAUCUGCGCGAUAUCUUUACAAGGCAAGAGAUGGAUUGGCUUCUCGAGGCGAUCAUGUAUUCGUUUGACCAGCAUCGAGAAAUAGUUGAUUUCUUCAUUUGUUGCGGCUACAAAGACGAGCCCGAUAUGGACGAGGACGGCAAGCCACUGCUGCGUCGCACCACGCCAGUACAUCAGAUAGAUCAAUGCAGUAACGUGUACUGCACUUCGAGAUAUGCAGCGUUGCAACGUCUUUUCAACAUUUACGACAAAUUUGACGUAAAUUAUAUCGACGAGUCGGGCUACUCUCAUUUCCACGUGGCCUGUAAAUACGGCCUCGAAGACGCGGUGAAGAAAUUCCUCGAGGUCGGUCAAGUUGAUCCAAAUCUCCUCGUGCCGAAAACAGGUGACUACCCGCUACACUUGGCUUUGAAAAACGUGAACACGACGGUUGUUGGAUUGUUGCUGAGAAGUGGCGCCGAUCCGAACCUGGCCAACAGGUUCGGAUCGACUGCUUUGCACGUCCUUAGUAAACUAAACGCCGAUCGUUUUUAUUACGAGAGGAUCAGUAAAAAACAGUGCGCAGAUCUAUUAGAGAUCUGCGACGAAAAAUGCGUGCCAGUAAAUAUCGACGCGCGGGACAAUGAGGGCAACACACCGUUGCACGUGGCUCUGUCGUAUUACGGCAGCGGACUGCUGCUAGCUUCGUUGCUGCUGAGACGUGGCGCCGAUCCGAACUCGGUCAACGAUAAAGGAGAGACUCUUCUGCACAUCAUUGCCAAGCAAGGCCUCGGAGAGGAGCGAAUUUUCAUUACAAUCAAGGAAAGAUCGCAGCAGACGGUGCGGAUCGACGCCCGGGACAAUUUGGGCCGAACAGCGCUUGAAUGGGCCGUGGCGAGUUGCAGUCCGCCGGCCGUCAAGAGUCUUCUGGAAUAUGGCGCCGACGUGUCCGGAUUCGUUUUUCCGACCGCGGCAUCGUACGAUUAUCCAACAUCUUUCCCUGUCCAGUAUUGUUCUGUGAUUAGACUAGCCGUGGCGACUGGUCUGCUGGCCAUCGUCGAACUGCUCGAGACAAAAGUAGGUCAGGAACUGGAUCUCGGCGACGCCCUGAAGGUCAUGGGAUUUUUCGACAAGUACAAAUUGUAUGAACGUGUGAAUGUUUCGAUCACUAAGUAUGUCGACAGUUUAGCCGAUCCAAUACUCGAACAGAUGGCGGAAAAAUCCACGUAUAUGGAUUACUUCAAGUUCGCGAGGUCUUAUACGGGAAGCCGCAACUACAGGUCUAGGGAUGCUUGUGAUUUCCGUUUGUGCGAGAAAGUAACGAGGAAAUUUUUUCGCGAUUGGGCCCUGGAUUGCUUUAUGGCAUUGAUACACUAUCGGUUGCCAAUUCUCUGUUGUAACAUGAUUAUAGACCAGCUAACGAACAAAGAUUUGUAUUAUAUUUGCUUGGCGGCUAAAGGUCAAACUGAUGAGCAAGAUAAAAUAAAUGUUACAGAAAAUGUAUUAAAACGUAAUAACGAAAGACCUGUUGGAGAUGGAAACGCUCCAAAAAGGCUAAAAAUUGAAUGUUGA